GUUUAAAAACACCAAAAAAAAAAAAAAACAAUUCAUUUGAAAAAAUGCUUAAGGCAAGCGCCUUGUGACGAACAAUUGCCUACAAUUUUUUUAACUGGCUUAACUAAACGAAAACCAGGUCUUUACGCUGUGCUUGCAUGCCAGACGCACUUGAUAAGCGUAUUUUAUAAAAUCUACUCGAUUUUAGAUUUUGGUUAGUAAACGCUUUCUAAGUCAAUUUGCGCUUGCCUGUCCAUUUGUCCGUCUGCCUGUCUGCUUGUUCUGUUUUUUUUGUUUUCCACCCGCAGGCUGGAAUUUUUUUAAAACAUUUUCAUGAAAUUUGGUACAGUGGAGUAUUCUGGACAAACGAACGCUAAUGAAAAUGGUUCGGUUCGAAAUAUCAAAAAUCGCGCAAAAUCAAAUGUGUUAACAUCCUGUUCAUAAUACUUUAGUUACAUUAAAGGUUUUAAAAGGACCGACACAAUAACAGGAAACUCUUAAAAUUUCUCUGUUUCAAAGAGUUAAAGAAUUUCGAUUCUUGAUUUAUUUGAUGCAGCCAGACACAAGCGUUUCAUUUCUAGACGUCUUGGACCGUUUUCCAGUGGACCAAUGAAAGAGGAAGACUUUUCGUUCGAAAACUUUACGGCGCGGCUUUUAUCUCUUACUACAUUAACAAUGAAUUCUCAUAAUCCAUUUAGUAUAGUAAUUUGUUCAUUUGUUAAUGUUGUUAACAUGAUUUCACAUUCAUUCAAACCCUACUUUAUUUCAUCGAGAAUAGGAAAUUGUUGGUUAAAAACCUUCUAUAAUAAGGUUUUUGCUCAAAUAUUCCUCCUGAAAAGAAAUUGUAAAUAUUUAACGAAAGGCUAAUGGAAUUUUGAUGUUUGCUAAUUAAGUAAAAGGUCACAUUAUAACUUUAUUUUGACUGUUUUCACCGAAUUUGAGUUAUUAACGCAUUUUUUAAAAAAGACAAGAAAUCUUAUUUAGUCAAUAAUUUGCAAAAAUUCAGCUGCAGGAAAGAUUGAAAUGGAGUAAGCAAACUUAAAAUCACAUAUGGCAAUACAAUCUAAGAAAAAAGAGGUACAAAGUAUUUGAAAGGUCCCCACGUUUUAUAAACACACACAUAUUACAAACCAGUGUUCGCAAGCUCACAGCUUAAUGCAAUCGGGCAUACCUGAUCGCAGCUAUAAUUCUCUCCAUUAGCAACUGUAUGUCUGGCCUUCAGGCAUGUCUUUCUGGAUUAAUAAAGUUUUGCAAUUGAAUUUUAAAAAAUAUCAUUAUAACAUCUUCAACACACAAAACUGUGGUUAGAAAAGAAGAGCAGAAGAACAAAAACAAUAACAUCGACUCAAAAAGUUAUCGACUGCGACAGCGACGAGAACGGCGACGCCGCAGACAGCUUGACUUUAGAUCAAACGUUACACACAUACAAACACUCAUACAAACAUACACAAAAAAAAAACACUCGCUCGCAUACACACAGAUACACACAUACACUCACACAUUAACAUUCCGAAAUUAUUACCAGCAGCAUUGACAUUACAUCAAUAGCAGGUUAUGUCGUUGCAGUCAUAACCAAGUAAAACUACUACUACACUAAUAGCAACAACAAGAACAAUAAAAAUUUUAUCAAAAUAAACAGCAAAUAACCUAAAACGUUGUCAGUUACAGUACAAAAAAAAAUAAAAAAAAAAAAAAAUAAGAAGGAAUAAGACAGAAACAGAAACAUAACACAAGCAACGUUACUCUCACGACUUUAACAGACUUAAUUGCACUCAAUCAUCGUGCCAGUAUUAUUAUCUUCGCCGUCAUCGUCAUCGUAUCAAAAUCAACGUCAACACCAUUAUCGGUAUACCUUUUUGUAACCUGAAACAACUACUAAACUAAAACAUACAAAUUCGGAGGUCAAUUUCAGUUAGAGUCAAACGAUUAUUUGCAAAACAUCCGGCUAUCAACAGCCAACAAGCAACAACAGCUCGCCCACUCCGAUACCACAACAGCAGUGGCAGCCAGCAGCAGCGACAACAGCAUUAACGGCAAAAUAACAAUAACAACAGCAACAACAAUAAUAAAAGCAAAACAACAGCUGCAAUAUGAGGAAAGCAAAGGAUAAUAUGAUGCUGAUGCACGGUUUCAUAUUAGUAACUAUUUUGGCAACAGCAAAAAGUGCCGAAGCGGAAAUUACUAUGGAGGCAGCCUUUCAAGGACACUGUGGUCACACAAGUCCCUGCGAACAACUGUGUUAUGAGAUUCAUGAUGGCAUGUACGAGUGCGAUUGCAUCGAAGGUUAUGAACUCAAUAAAAACGGUUAUAGCUGUCAAGUAAUAAAUUCUACCAGUAACAAUGACGGUCACAGUAAAUCCGACGAGGACGUUCUUUAUCAGAAGGGAGCGUCGUUUAGCGCCAAAUUGGCGAAUGAUAAUAGUGGCAGCAAUCAUCUAAGCCCAAGCUAUGCAUCUUCAUCGGCUCUAACGUCAUCGUCUUCGUCCGAUGAAUCGGAUGAGGAUGAUUCCAUUUAUAUAAGUGAUGAUAUCAGCGAACAGCAACAACAACAAGAACAAGAACAGCAGCAACAAAAAGUCAAUUCCAACGAUUAUUACAUAUCAAAUGAAAAUAUUAUUAAUAACAACAACUAUAACUAUAAUAAUUUCAAUGAAAAUCUUAACAAUAAUAAUAAUAAUAAUGAUAAUGACAACAACGGCAACCAAAAUAAUUACGACAAUGAUAAACAUUAUCAAAAUGCACGUCAAGCAUACAGAAUAAAUUUAAGCACCGAGAAGCCAUUAAAUUUGAUAAUAUUUCGCAAUAAAGAAAAUAGAAAUAAUUUAUCAUCACCACCAACAUCAAUUACGUUAACAGGAACACCAAAAACAGCAGCCGCUAUCGGUAAUGGCAUCAUCCCUACCGUUAUGAGUGUACCAGAAUCAAUGUUAAAUAUAAACAUCGAUGAUCUGAAUGAUUAUUACACGAAACAAGAUAUGUCUGUUUAUGAUGACGUCAAUAACAAUCAAUUAAAUUUAAGGCCCUUAAAUCGUUUAACAUAUCAACAACAAAAACAGCAAGAACAACAGCAUCCGAUAACAUUCAACAAUCAAGAACACAAACAGUUUAUAGCAACAAGUGCCGUUAAUAGCGGUCAACGCGCCAAUAGAUUGGCAACUGCCGACAUUAUUAGUCAUACUAGUAGUAGCAGUGAUUCAAUACAACUGCCCUUACCAGACCUUAUAGCUUCAAAGAGCAAUGAAUUAAUAUCAACAAACAUAUCAUUAAACUUAAGUUCUCCUCUACAAAGCAUUAACGAAAUACUUUGUGGUUUAGACUGCGGCUUAGAGGGUCUUUGCGAUAACACAGAGGGUAUGCCCAGAUGUUUAUGUCCUUUUGGUAAAAAUGGCAAUGACUGCUUGGAAGAUGUUAAAGUACGUGUACCGAAAUUUUCUACACAUUCAUGGCUAGCAUUUCCGGCCUUAAGAGGAGCUUACAAACAUGUGCAGUUACGGAUAGAAUUUCGACCUGAAUCCUUUGAUGGUAUUAUACUCUUGAGCGGUGAACGAGAUGAUUUAACAGGUGAUUUUAUGGCUUUACUCUUAAACAAAGGAUUCAUCGAGUUCUGGUUCGAUUGUGGCAGCGGUGUUGGUAAUGUACGUUCACGUGAAACAAUUCUACUAAAUGAAUGGAAUUCGGUUAUAAUCUAUCGCCAUCGUUGGGAUGCCUGGCUGGUAUUAAAUCAUGGCACUAAAGUUCAAGGACGUUCAAAUGGUUUGUUUUCACGCAUCACUUUUCGUGAACCGGUAUUUUUGGGUGGCACGGGCAACAUAACCGGUUUAACUAAACGUUUACCUAUUUCAAAUGGCUUUGCUGGUUGCAUACGCCGUUUUGUGGCUAAUGCUCACGAUUAUAAAUUUGAAGAGCAUCCUUUAGGUGAUGUCAGCAAAGGAUUUGAUAUACAGGAUUGCGUUACUGACAAAUGCUUUAAAUAUCCUUGUCAACAUGGCGGUAAAUGUUUACCUUCCGAUCAAGGAGCGAUGUGUCUGUGUCCUAUAGGUUUUGUAGGUGAUUUAUGUGAAAUUCGCAUGGAUUUACAGGUUCCUUCCUUUAAUGGUUCCUCAUUUUUGCGUUAUGCUCCUUUAGGCGAUAGUGCCUUAAUAUGGUUGGAAUUAAAGGUAAUUUUAAAGCCAGAGCAAGCGGAUGGUUUGAUUUUAUAUUCGGGCGCUAAACGUCAUGGCGAUUUUAUCGCUUUAGCUUUGACUAAUGGUUUUGUCGAGUUCAUCUUUGAUUUGGGCAGUGGCCCAGCGGUGGUCAGGAGCGAAUAUGCUUUAGCCAUAGGCCAAUGGCAUACAAUACAAAUAUCUCGCACUGCCAGGUUAGCUGUAUUAAAGAUCGAUCAACUACCUGAAAUCAUGACAGUAUCUUCAAAUGGUUUUUGGCAUCUUUCUUUGCCGGAAAAUCUCUUUGUUGGUGGUGUUAAUCAUGUCGACAAAUUGCCUUUAGAUUUAAAAAGCAAACCUUUUCUUGUGGGUUGUAUACAACGUAUUGAGAUAAACGGCCACUCGUUGGCAAUUAUAUCUGAAGCAUUGGGCGGCACUAACAUAGGCAAUUGCCCUCAUGCCUGUGUGGCUCGACCCUGUGGCCCCCUAGCAGAGUGUAUACCGCAGAUGGAAAGUUAUGAAUGUCGUUGUAACAUCUACAACACGCAGUGCAAUAGAGAGGCAGAAUUAUCCUUCAAUAGGUUACGUAAGCAGAAAGUCUUGGCCAAGGAACCGCAAGCAACAAGCAAGUUAGUUGCGGCCAGAGAAGCCAAGCAACAUGGGGAUGACCUAACACAGAAAAGCGGCCUAAAAAUAAAACAAAAACGUUGGCAGCAGCUGGUUGAGAAUAAUGAGAAAAAAAAGAUUGUAAACAAACCUUACACGAGAUGGUAUUUGCAACAGCAUAAAACCGCACAGAGAACAAUGCCAAUCGCCAAAGCAACGGCAACAACAACAAAAACUACUACUACUACUACUACUGCUAAAACAAAGGCCACUAUACCGACAACGCAGACAACAGCACUUACAGACGACACUAUUGAAUCAAUAAAUUGGCAAGCAUUGCAAAGCUUAGAUUUAAUAACAUUUAGCGAUUCCCAAGACCAAGAUAAGGAGGAGAAAGGACGCGAAGACAGUAAAGGCAUGAGUGAAGAAGAUGAAGAUUCUGAUGAAAUUGAAGAUGAUAUCAUAUUUGAGAACGUUAAGGCAAUACGUGAACGUUUACAGAGGGAACGAGAAAAAAAGCAGCAAGAACAACAACAACAACAACAGUAUAAUUACGAUGACAAAAAUGCACAACGAAUUGGAGAGAACAAACACAAGCGCCGAGCAACGAAUCAUCAUCAAAGCAAAAGCUUACACAAACAACACUACCAUCGUUUUCACCCCAAUCACAAAACAACUUUGGAGGAUAAAACUCAGCAUAAGCUAAGUCGUUUGCCAACCCAUUAUGAAAGUUUUCAAGCUAAUACCGGUAGUGACAUAUUGACUUUUGAUGAUCCUAUAAUGGUGGAAGACCAGCUUAGAGAAUUAGCUCCAACGAAAACAGACGAGGCAGAGCCUGACGAAAUUGAUGAUGAGAUUAAUGAUGACAAAUAUCAGCAAAAGACAUUUGUUAUGGAUGCUUCACUGUUUGAUGCUAGCGAUGGCACCGAAGAAUAUCAACGCAAACAAUUUGCUCAGGACAUGAAACGAAUUAUGGCAAACACAAAAGGGCCCUAUGUACCGAAAAUGCCCCAGUUAGUAAUCAGCGAAUAUGAUUAUAGCGAGGAAUUAGAUCUGACCAAACAAAACGAUAGCGAUAGUAAUGAUAACGACAACAAAGAAGAAAGCAAUGCCAAUGAUGGAAUAGUUGUCGAUAAUCUGAAACUUAUAGACGUCGACUAUACGGCCAUAACACCGAAAUUGUUAGAUGAGAACAGAAAACCAACAACCAGUAUAACGACAAGUACACAAACUCAAACUGACUGGAGCUUACUUAGCAAAUUCGAUUUGGACUCCGAUCAACCACAUCAUACUAUUGGAGUCCGCAAAAAUUUUGGUGCUUGUUUUGCCGGACACGACAGCUAUUUCCAUUACAACGAUGCCGAAACGAUGAGCCAAAUCAUUAGCUAUACAAUUGAUUUGAAUUUGCGCAUCAAAACUCGAUCAGACAAUGGAGUGAUCUUAUGGACCGGUAAAGUGGGAUCAACAGAUCGCGAUAAGGAUGAUUAUCUAUCUUUGGGCAUUGAAAAUGGUUACUUACACUUUCGCUAUAAUUUGGGUUCGGGCGAGAUUGAUAUACGAUUUAAUGCUACCAAAGUAAGCGAUGGCUUAUGGCAUCGUGUUCGUGCUAUAAGAGAUUCUCAAGAAGGCUAUUUAGAAGUAGACGGUCGCAAAAGCAACUCGCUGAGAUCUCCGGGCAAAUUACGGCAAUUAAAUACCGAUACAGGUUUAUACGUGGGUGGAAUGCCAGACGUUCAAUAUUUUACCAGGCAACGCUACGCCAGCGGCAUUGUGGGUUGCAUAUCAGAAAUCGUCUUAGCCGGUGAAUUAAAAAUGAGUUUCGAUCCAAAUACACUGGGCACAGCGCACAAUGUAGAAACAGGUUUACUCUGAAAUGAUCUGCCAGCAAUACUUAAAUCCUGAUAUUAGAAUAGAGACUAGAAUCUAGAAAACAACGUAUUCAUUGUUUAAUGAAACAACAAAAACAACAACAACUACAAUAACAAUAAUAAUUUCCGGAAUUAGGAGCAAAAAACGUGGUAAACAAAAAAAUUAAAGCAAAGAUGAAAUAUUUUUCAGUAACUACUGUGUUUGUAUAAAGACGCUUUUAUGAAAAUGAAAAAAA